GCUAGAAUUUGGAAUCGAGUGAGUUUUCUGACGUAUUUGAUCACACGACCCAGGAGUACUUGGAGAGAAAACUGGUUCCAGAGGAGCUGGACUGACCAUAAAAAUGAGUCCUGCGGAUGCCCUUGAUGAUGAAAAUACAUUUAAAAUCUUAGUUGCAACAGAUAUUCAUCUGGGAUUUAUGGAGAAAGAUGCAGUCAGAGGAAAUGAUACAUUUGUAACACUGGAUGAAAUUUUAAGACUUGCCCAGGAAAAGGAAGUGGAUUUUAUUUUGUUAGGUGGUGAUCUUUUUCAUGAAAAUAAGCCCUCAAGAAAAACAUUACAUACCUGCCUUGAGUUAUUAAGAAAAUACUGCAUGGGCGAUCGUCCUGUACAGUUUGAAAUUCUCAGCGAUCAGUCAAUCAACUUUGGUUUUAGUAAGUUUCCGUGGGUGAACUACCAAGAUGACAAUCUCAACAUUUCGAUUCCAGUGUUUAGUAUUCAUGGCAAUCAUGAUGAUCCCACAGGGGCAGACGCACUCUGCGCCCUAGAUAUUUUAAGUUGUGCUGGAUUUGUAAAUCAUUUUGGACGUUCAAUGUCUGUGGAGAAGAUAGACAUUAGUCCAGUUUUGCUCCAAAAAGGAAGCACAAAAAUUGCUCUAUAUGGCUUAGGUUCCAUUCCAGAUGAAAGGCUCUAUCGAAUGUUCGUCAAUAAAAAAGUAACAAUGUUGAGACCAAAAGAAGAUGAGAACUCUUGGUUUAACUUAUUUGUGAUUCAUCAGAACAGGAGUAAACACGGAAGUACUAACUUCAUUCCAGAACAAUUUUUGGAUGACUUCAUUGAUCUUGUUAUCUGGGGCCAUGAACAUGAGUGUAAAAUAGCUCCAACCAAAAAUGAACAACAGCUCUUUUAUGUAUCACAACCUGGAAGUUCAGUGGUUACUUCUCUUUCCCCAGGAGAAGCUGUAAAGAAACAUGUCGGUUUGCUGCGUAUAAAAGGAAGGAAGAUGAAUAUGCAGAAAAUUCCUCUUCACACAGUGCGACAGUUUUUCAUGGAGGAUAUUGUUCUGGCUGAUCAUCCAGACAUUUUUAACCCAGAUAAUCCUAAAGUAACCCAGGCCAUACAGAGCUUCUGUUUGGAGAAGAUUAAAGAAAUGCUUGAAAAUGCUGAACGAGAACGUCUGGGAAAUUCUCGACAGCCAGAGAAGCCUCUUAUACGACUGCGAGUGGACUAUAGUGGAGGUUUUGAGCCUUUCAGUGUUCUUCGCUUUAGCCAGAAAUUUGUGGAUCGGGUAGCUAAUCCAAAAGAUGUUAUCCAUUUUUUCAGACAUAAAGAACAAAAGAAAAACACGGGAGAAGAGAUCAACUUUGGGAAGCUCAUCACAAAACCUUCAGAAGGAACAACCCUAAGAGUAGAAGACCUUGUAAAACAGUAUUUUCAGACUGCAGAGAAGAAUGUGCAGCUCUCACUUCUAACAGAAAGGGGAAUGGGUGAAGCAGUACAAGAAUUCGUGGACAAGGAAGAAAAAGACGCCAUAGAGGAAUUAGUGAAAUACCAGUUGGAAAAAACACAGCGAUUUCUUAAAGAGCGUCAUAUUGAUGGCCUAGAAGAUAAAAUCGAUGAAGAGGUACGCCGUUUCAGAGAAAGCAGACAAAAAAACACUAAUGAAGAAGAUGAUGAAGUUCGAGAGGCUAUGACAAGGGCCAGAGCCCUCAGAUCUCAGUCUGAGGACUCUGCUUCUGCCUUUAGUGCUGAGGACCUUAUGAGUAUAGAUUUGGCAGAACAGAUGGCUGAGGACUCUGAUGAGGACAUCACAGCAGCAGCCAGGAGGGGAGGAGGCCGAGGAAGAGGCCGCCGAGGAGGAAGAGGACAGAACUCAGCCUGGAGAGGGGGGUCUCAGAGAGGAAGAGCCAGCACUGGUCUAGAGACUUCUACCCGAAGCAGAAGUUCAAAGGCCACUAUGUCAACACCUAGAAACAUGUCUAUUAUAGAUGCCUUUAAAUCUGCAAGACAGCAGCCGUCCCGAAAUGUUGCUGCUAAGAAUUAUUCAGAGGUGAUUGAGGUGGAUGAGUCAGAUUUGGAAGAAGACAUUUUUCCUACCACUUCAAAAACAGAACAGAGGUGGUCAAGCACAUCAUCAUCAAGCAAGCGCAUGUCCCAGAGCCAAAUAGCUAAAGGGGUCGAUUUUGAAUCAGAUGAGGAUGACGAUGACGAUCCUUUUAUGAACAUGAGUUCUUUAAGAAGAAACAGAAGAUAAUAUAUUUAAUAUAACUUUGAAGUUUUCAAGAUUCAGGAAAAAUCAAAACAUUGCAAGCUAAGAGUUUACAGUUUUUUAAAGUAUUGCUGUUAACUAAAGAAUUUGAAAGAGACUUAACAGGGAAAUUUAAUGUAUAAGAAUUUAUGUUUUUGAGUAUCAUUUCCUGAACAUGACUCCUUUGAGCAGCUUCCCAGCUCAAGAACAUACAGAAUAACAUUGGCUCUCCUUAUUUUUUUAAUCUAGUUGUUAACAUUACCUGGGGCUGCUCUAUAAAAUCAGAAUGUUAUUUUCUUCACAUACAUUAGUGUAUGUCGUACUGAAUGAGGGCUUUGCUUAAAUACCAUUCUUGAGAGUAAGGAUUAAAAGAAAUCUAUCACUAUAUGUUUCUGCUUCAUGAUCAAAGACUAUGACUAUUUUAAUGUAGUUACGUUUAGCCGAAGUUGAGGAAAAGAGCUUAUAAAAUUUGACCCCUUUAUAAUUUUACUAAUUCCUAGAGAUUCUGGAUUUCCUGAAGGUAAAAUAAUCUUUGUGAAACUGUGCCUAAGCUCGCUUGCUGUUCAUUACUCUGUAUUGUUCUUUUUCUAAAGCUUGUGGUAGUUCAGCCACUGAGACUUUGAAUGUUAGAAGUACCUUAUGCUUUGAAUAAUUAGACAUAUUUGUAUUAAAAAAUAGAAAAAUCUCGGAAUUAUUAAGCUUUUGAUUUUAGUUGUAGCAGAUUUUUAAAAGAUUGUGUUCCCACUGGGUUCCCAUUAGUCAUUUUCUUCAUUCUUUAUGGUUCUCUCUUCUCUUACUCUAGAGCUCUCUCAUUUAUUUCUACAAGGAAAAGUGUUAAAAAAAAAAAACAAAAACCUAUUCCUAACUGUAUUUUUCUUAGAAAAUAUUGAAGAACUUUUUUAGAUAGAGUGAUCAGUUGAGCAUUAUAUUAGAUUAAGAUACUGAAAUAUAAUUUCUGUGGACUCUCAAUGCCAAAAUUUCAUAUUAAUAAUGUUUUAUCUUAACAUCGGACAUGCCCAGUUCCAGAAAUCUUAGUGAAGCAGCUUUGUCAAGUCCAUAUUUUCUCCCAUCCAAGUACUGGCCAGGCCUGACCUUGCUUAGCUUCUGCGAUCAGGCACGUUCAGGGGGUACGGCCGUGGGCAAGCUUGUAUUUCUUUCCUUGUGUUCGGGGGGCAGGGGACAUAAUUUGACCUCUUCAAAUCUAAGUUCAAUAAUUCCAUCUCCAUCUUAAGACUGUUAGAACACCCCCUGAGUAUUUCUUCUUUUCAUCUCUGAGGUAGUUAUAUUGAAAGACUCCUUAGGGAAGCCACAGGUCUUGGUGGUACAACAGCCUGACAUUUCUUCACUUGCAGAAUUAAACACUUGACUGAGCAAUAUUCAUGAUUACUGGCAUGGUCACACCUGGACUAUGUCAAAUUGUAAAAGACAGAACAUUUGCAUAGUGGCUCUCUCCAUAUUAUAGCCCUUGGAAAUGGCCUCGGUCAAGAACUGGGAUAUAACAUUCUGUGGGAUAAAUUGGGAUGAAACAUGUGUUUUAAAUAUUUUUUUAAAAAAAUAUUUCUGUACCCAACUUGAGCAAAGAGAUUAGGUGAGCAGACAGCAUUAACUCAGCAAAGGCAUUGGCCUGUGAAAUAUCUCAGGUACCUGUCCCGACAUCUUUACUGUCCCCAGCAGCAGUGAAGCCAGGAGUGAGAGUUGCUUUCCAUGUACAAUGGAAGCUGGCUUGGGUGGCAGCGUCUGGGAAAUGUAGGAGACAGUCACGAAAGCAUGCUGACAAAGUUCUUGCGAAAAAAGGACUUUCUCUCUAAAAAUGGCUCCAUGGUAUGACAAAGGUACUAAAUGUCAUGCCGAUGGCUCCUAGGAAAGAUGAUUCCAUGGCAAUUAGAGAAGUGAAAUUCUCAGCGAAUGCAAGUCAUUUUGUUAAGUUUGUGUCGCUUCAAUAUGGUAAAUAAAACGUGAAAGAAAAUCCUUUCUGAUGGAAUAUUGUUAAUGUAGUUAAAUAUGCCAUAUAGCCUUGCUGUUCUGUAUCGAUGCCAUAAAAUCUAGGGUUUUUUGGGUUUUCAGACAUGUUAGUACAGGUGUGUAUGGGUGAUUCCAGAUGAUCGCAGAACACCUGCAGUUGCUCUUGGAGGCCGAGAGAGCAGUGAUGAAAACAUUCUGAGGGAAAAAAUCCUUCCAUUAUUUACCAAAGAAUGUACCCCUUUCUGGUGUUCUGUUCCUAUCAUAAAAAUAUAGCAAUGCAUUUACAAGGUUAAGAAUGCAUUGUAAUUCUAGGAAAUUCUAGGAAGUAUGACUGGUGCUUAGAAAGUUCAAGCAUUUAGGCAUAUGACAUAAAUCAGGUCCAUAGAAACCAUUUUUGUUUCCCCUAAACUUUUAAAAUUUACAGAGUACAAAAACAAAAGUCAUGUGGUUUAAUAAAGAAUUAUAAAGUGAGUACUCAUGGCACCUCUAUGCAGCUCAAGAACUAGACUAUCUCUAGCGCCCUGGAAGCCUGCUGAGUGUUCUCCCCUCUCCUCUGGCUAACCAGUCUUGACUUCUGUCUUUGAGAAGCUCUUAUUUUUGCCACAAGGUGGCGCUUCCACUGUUAGAUGGCAAAUAGGAUGAUACAACAGCAAAUCUGAAAGGAGGAAGUUAGUAGAGUUUUGCAGUAAAUUUGGAACCUAUGCAAUAAUACUAAGCCUAUGCAGUAAUACCAGAUUAGCCUUCUAAUCUUAGAUGUAAAUUGCUUUACAUAUUUCACCUGGCUCUGCCUGUUACUAAGGAAAUUGCCAGUUUGAUAAAUUUUACAAAUAAUGGUUCAAGAAGAAACUGUUUCAAAGAGAAAAACCCUUUAUUAGAAAAAUUAAAUUAAAAAGUUUCCCAUUGUGAAAUUUGUCUUUUGAAAUGUGCUAUAUUUAAAAAUAACUUUCCCCCAGUGUAAUCUGAUUUUUUUAAUCUAUCAUGCAUUUAAUUCAUGGUGUUCUGUAGCUUUUUAAAGCUAAUUACCAUUAAGAUUAUUGUAAAGAUUUUAUAGAAUAAAGGUUUGUG